GCGGGGCAAAAGCCGGAGCUAAGCUAGGCCCGAGCUGGGCGGGCCAUGGACUCUCCCCCAGUCCCUCAGUGACAGAGGCGGGGUUUUCGCUCAGCUCUCGGAACCUCCCAGAGAAGACGCUUUGUUCGGCCUCCUCGGAGCCCUGCGUCGGCCGGACGAGCAUCCGAGAGAAGCCCGACGGAGCAUCCCAGUCAGAAGCAAGCGCCAGCUCCAUCCGCAGCCUGAAGUCACAGCGCCUCCUCGUCGGGCUCCUCUCCCCCACCUCGUCCCCUCCUCUCCAUCUCCGCAUCCUCCUGCCCUGCCUCCAUCCCUGCCCUUUCUCCCAUCUGGGGGACUUGCAUCACCUACCCUUCUGAUCCGCAGUUGCUUCUGUAAACGUCCCCACGCCCUCCCCGCUCCAUUCCCAGCCGCUCCCUUCGUCCCCUCUCCUGGUCCCAGCUCAACCUCUCCCCGCUCCCUUCAGUCCCCAUCCCUCUUUCAGCUCCUCUCUCCCUCCAACUGCUUCCAUCAGUCUCCCCCCGCCCACCACCCCCGUUCCCUUUCCGAUUCCCGCCUCCAUUCCUCCUCCCGGGCACCUAAGAGCAUCUCUCCAAGGUCCGUCCGAGCUCAUGCCCUGUGUCCCCAGGAUGCUCCCCUGACCACUCGGUCUCUAUGGUCUUGACGCUGCUCUUCUCCGCCUACAAACUCUGCCGCUUCUUCACCAUGUCGGGCCCGGAGCGGUUGUCAGUGCCCGUGCCCAGGAGCACAGGGGGCAGCUGGUGGGCGAUGGGUGGUGGGAUUGCCCGGGAGGUAUCGCCGGGGGCCAACGUGGAGGUGCAGGGCGCCCUGGAGCGGGUGCUGCCCGAGCUGCAGCUGGCACUGUCGGGGCUCAAGCAGGCGGGCAGCCCGGAAGCGGUGGGCAUCGGGCUGUCCGAAGUGUUCCAGCUGGUGGAGGAGGCGUGGGUCAUCCCCACCGUGGGACGGGAGGUGGCCAAGGGACUGUGUGAGGCCAUCCGCCUGGAGGGGGGCCUCGACCUCCUGCUACAGCUGCUGCAGGCAUCGGAACUGGACACCCGAGUGCUGGCCGCUCAGUUGCUGGAACAGAUCCUGGUAUCUGAAAAUAGGGACCGAGUGGCCCGCAUCGGGCUGGGCGUCAUCCUGAACCUGGCCAAGGAGCGGGAGCCCCUGGAGCUGGCGCGAAGCACGGCGGGCAUCCUGGAGCACAUGUUCAAGCACUCGGAGGAGACGUGCCAGCGGCUGAUCGCGGCGGGCGGCCUGGACGCCGUGCUCUUCUGGUGCCGCCGCACGGACUCGGCGCUCCUGCGCCACUGUGCCCUGGCGCUGGCCAACUGCGCGCUGCACGGCGGCCAGGCGGCCCAGAGGCGCAUGGUGGAAAAGCGUGCCGCCGAGUGGCUGUUCCCGCUGGCCUUCUCCAAGGAGGACGAGCUGCUCCGGCUGCACGCCUGCCUGGCCGUGGCCGUGCUGGCCACCAACAAGGAGAUCGAGCGCGAGGUGGAGCGCUCCGGCACCCUGGCCCUCGUGGAGCCCCUGGUGGCUUCCCUGGACCCCGGGCGCUUCGCCCGCUGCCUGGUGGACGCCAGUGACACGAGCCAGGGCCGCGCGGCCGAUGACCUGCAGCGCCUCGUGCCCCUGCUGGACUCCUCGCGCCUGGAGGCGCAGUGCAUGGGGGCCUUCUACCUCUGCGCCGAGGCUGCCAUAAAGAGUCUACAGGGCAAGACUAAGGUGUUUAGUGAGAUUGGAGCCACACAGAGCCUGAAGCGUCUGGUUUCCUAUUCCACCAAUGGCACCACAUCAGCAUUGGCCAAGCGGGCACUGCGCCUAGUUGGUGAGGAGGUGCCCCGGCGUAUCCUGCCUUGUGUGCCCAGUUGGAAGGAGGCUGAGGUACAGACUUGGCUCCAGCAGAUUGGCUUCUCCAAGUACUGUGAGCGCUUCUGGGAGCAACAGAUAGAUGGAGACCUGUUGUUGCGUCUGACAGAGGCAGAGCUUCGAGACGACCUGGGAAUGGAAUCUGCCAUCACUCGCAAGAGAUUCUCCCGGGAGCUCACAGAACUGAAAACCUUUGCAAACUACGCAACGUGCGAUCGCAGCAACCUUGCAGACUGGCUGGGGAGCCUGGACCCCCGAUUCCGCCAAUAUACCUAUGGGCUGGUGAGCUGCGGGGUGGACCGCACAUUGCUGCAUCGGGUCUCUGAGCAACAGCUCCAGGAGGACUGUGGCAUCCACAUAGGUUUCCACCGGGUUCGGAUCCUCACAGCCGCCCGUGAGAUGCUUCACUCACCCCUGCCUUGCAGCGGCUGUAAAUCCAGCAGUGAGAGCCCCGAUGUCUUCAUCAGCUACCGCCGGAGCUCGGGCUCCCAGCUCGCCAGCCUUCUGAAGGUACACCUGCAGCUGCACGGAUUCAGUGUCUUCAUUGAUGUGGAGAAGCUGGAGGCCGGCAAGUUUGAGGACAAGCUGAUCCAGAGCGUCAUGGGAGCCCGGAACUUUGUGCUGGUUCUGUCCUCCGGGGCACUGGACAAAUGUAUGCAAGACCACGACUGCAAGGAUUGGGUACAUAAGGAGAUUGUGACUGCACUAAACUGCGGGAAGAACAUAGUGCCUGUGAUGGACGGCUUCGUGUGGCCGGAGCCUCAGUCACUGCCUGAGGAUAUGCAGGCCGUUCUCAAGUUCAAUGGCAUCAUGUGGUCCCACGAAUACCAGGAGGCCACCAUCGAGAAGAUCAUCCGCUUCCUGCAGGGCCGCUCGUCCCGGGAUUCCUCAGCUGGCUCUGACAACAGUCUAGAAUGUGCCGCCACCAUGGGCCAAAGCUAGACACCCCCUUCCUCUCAGCCUUGUUCCUCCCCACCCCCUGCCUCCAUUAGUCCCUGACUCUCCCAAACUCCCCCUCCUGAACGAGCUGGAACCUUGACUCUUGGGGUGGGUGUGGGGGAACCCUCAGUGAUGGAGCCACAUCUUGGGGCGGGGGACAGAUGGACCACUCUUCCUCUACCCCACUAUACCCUUUUUAGCAAUGACUUCGGGCUGGGAACAAGUCAACCAGAAAGGCAACAGGGAGGAUGAGGUCUCUCCCUUCCAGAGCCUCAGUGAAGAGCUGGGAGAGCUCGAGAUGCUCUCCCUCAGUCU